AUGAUCACCAACAAACUCGUGUUAUAUAUCCUACACCACCCGUUGGUUAAAGCUUUCCUUGCUAUUCUUUCUUUGUUUGUGUAUCCGCUCAACCAGUAUCUUAAGGAAUCCUAUGCCCAAAAGCCAUCCAAACACACCAUCAGAGGGUCCACUGCUUCCCACAAGACCCUCGACGCUUCUCCCAGACCCCUGAAGGCGUUGACCACAGCGGUUGAAAAAUCUCCUGACAACUUGUUUCCAGAAACCAUCAAGUAUUCCAACUUGAAAUGCUCAGUACAGCCUUGUUCUACCAGCGUAUCCACACAGAUGAUGCCAUAUCAAAAUGAACAGGGAGAAAUCGAGUGGGCGUUUACUGACGAUGCCUCUGUCAAGUCGGCUUCGUUCAACGAUAGCACUGCUGGCGCCAACGACAACAUUUCCCCGACCAUCUCCAACUCAUCCUCGAAUAACGAAUCCAUCAUGUCACUGAACCUCUUUGGUGGCUUUCAGGCUAGUGCCCAGCUCGCCAAGGGUAACCACAGUCCAAAGUCCACCAGUAGUCCAUCGCCACCCUUAUCGGCCCUUAAUGGUCCCGGAGACUCCAACAAGGCACACCAGUGUCCUCAAUGUGAAGCUACGUUUAAAUUGAGAGGCUACUUGACGAGACACUUGAAGAAACAUUCCAUCAAAAAGGCGUAUUGUUGUCCUUUCCACAAGUUUAGUGUAUACAUUGAUGAAGCAAACGUGACCCACCAAUGUCAUCCUACCGGUGGAUUUUCCAGAAGAGACACUUACAAGACUCAUUUGAAGUCCAGGCAUUUCCAGUAUCCUAAGGGUACCAAAACCAAAGAAAGGGCCAAGUCCUGUGGAAACUGCUCAAUGUGUGGAGAGUUCUUCCCCAACUCAGAAAUUUGGUGUGAAAUCCACAUUGAAGGUGGCGAGUGUAAAUUCUUACCGGCUGGCUUCAUCGGCAAGUCCCGAAUCAAGAAUAAGUUGAAGAAGGAAAUGAAGAGAAAGGGUAUUAAGAUUGAAACUGCUUAUACGGAGUAUUCGAGCUUGGUCAAUGAAAUCAUCAAGCAAGAAACUCUGAAGGGAAUCAAAACUGAAGAAAAUGAAUACGAAUACGAAAACGAAUAUGACUUUGAUUCUCAAGACCUUUCUCCCCUUUCAAGCGAAUUGAGCCAAUCUCCAAUGUUGGAAGCAGACAUUUCAAAGAAACACCAACAGCAACCACACUCCACAAGCUCCGUCCAACAAUUAAGUCCUCCCCACCAACAGUCUGUGAGUCCUCUUCAACAAAGAAACGAAGUGCAACAACGGGUGAACCCACCACAUACCCAAGCUGCUUCUGUUGCUCCUUUACAACAGGUUCAACAACAACAGAAUGUGCUUCCCAGUGCCAGUCAAUUUAAUGCCAAUCCCCAACAAAUGCCAAUUAUGAAUGAAUACUAUGAUAUUAAUGACCCUUACUUUUACACGCUAGACUAUGAUGAUGAGUUCUGUUUAGAUGUUGACCAAUUGAAUCAAUUUACUCCCGUGUCCAUGAGUUCUCCCGAUUCGGCUGCCGGCACCCAACGUCAAGUGAAUCCUAUGCUUUUGCAGCAACAAUAUCAAAUAAUGCAAAAGCAAAUGCAGAUGAACUUCAACAUGGCCAUGGGACCAAAUGGUAUCAAGAGUCAACAACUUCCUCAACAAUACCGUCAAGCAUUCACCAACCAGCAUCCCCAGCCUCAACAAAUCAACCAGCCUCCACAAGAGCAACAUCAAUACCAACAGAGCAACGGGCAACCAAUAAUGGGCAUGAAUACAGGGUUGAACACCGAUGAAUUGCAUAUUGACCAAUACAGUUUGCAAUCUCAAUAUGUUCAGUAUUAA